GUUUGUGAAAGCAAAGGUGACAAAAUGAAGUAGUUUGUCCGGACGUUCUGGGUCAUCCGUUUUCACAUGAAAAGAAGAAUUCAUGGUAAAAACCAACACGAAAACAAUCUGUCAUGAUGAUAAAACGAAGCGGCGUUCUAUCAGCCGCUUACCAUGUAGUUACCUUUAGUUCAAUAAUGUUGUUGAGUGCAUGUCUAACCCUGCUGCAAUCACUUGUGUUCGAGUGCUUGGCAUGGCCUGCUGUUAGUGUCUUCUCCGACCAGCUUGAAGGUAACAAAGGCUCCUUCAGCCAUGGCAGAUGCGGGGACGGCAAAGCAGGUCUUGGAUUCCAUGGACAAGCUCCAUGGCCCGUCAAAUUUUGUGAACUUUGCAGCAUAUUCGUGGAAUAUAUUCCGCUACAUCGGAGAUUACCUUCACUUGGGCGGGAUUGUCACACUGUUGAUCACUAUCGUGCGAAACAAGUCCGUGGCUGGGAUAUCUAGGACCACCCAGAUUCUGUACUGCAUUGUGUUUGUCACUAGGUACCUGGACUUGCUUGACCACACUCAGUCCUUCUACCUCGUAUUCUUCAAGCUGACGUACAUUCUCACGUCCAUAGUUGUUCUGGUCCUUUUCUACAACUAUGACAGUACGUAUGCACGCAGGCAUGACACCUGCAAUAUGACCGUGAUUCUUGUGCCCUGCGCACUAGCUGCAUUGUUGCUGACGAACGACUACUCUCCCCUGGAGGUGCUGUGGACCUUUUCAGAAUUCAUCGAAGGCUUUGCGAUGGUCCCCCAAUAUAUUUUUUGCUACAGGGAGCGCGUCAACAAGGAUGUGGGCACCAGCCUUUAUGUCGUUAUGCUCGGCGGCUACCGGGUAUUCUACGCGCUGAAUUGGAUCUACAAGAAGAUCAACAUGCCCCGCUAUUCCGACAUUCAGUCAUGGAUCGGUGGACUUGUGGAAAUUAUGUUCUUUUUGGACUUCCUCAACUAUAGGUUUACAGGGAACAGCAUUUUGCGUUCCUUUGUUCUCAAAGUCGACACGAAGAUCAAUGAAAUCAGCGACCAGGUGGAAUCCAAAGUGCUGGGUUCAACUCCUCGAACAGAGCGGCUUGAAACUGAAGGUGGUGAGAUGCGGAGGCGAAGGAAACAAGAAGAAGAACGACCAAUGGAGGAUGUUUGAAGCUCCGCCGCGCUUUUGAUGAUGCAAAAUGAAAUGUAUACUGGAUGGAGUUAAGAGAGUCGCUUGUGACCUGUGAG